AUGCCACUUCGGGAUGCCUUAGCUUCCCUCCAGCGAUAUAAAGUUCUCCGAGGCCAGAUCAAGCGUGAAAAAGCAAGAUAUCACCGUCUUUGUGAACGGCUAGAGUAUUUUGAUACCCGCAUGCGAAGGGGACAGACUAUUGUUUUCUCGUCGAUUUUCUUCUUUAGCAUCAUCGAGCUCACAAUCUUAGCCUGGCUCGUGUCGCAUUUUAGUGCCCACUCCAACUACCUCAGUCUAACUGAACGAGACCACACCUGGUUUCUAUUGUUCACUUCAACAUGUACAAUCGUAUUCUCUGUUCGCCACAUAUUUUUCUUUGUUCCUCUUCCAGAUAAUAAUAACUUCUUCUUGUUUCUGACAUUUUUCUUCUGGAUCAUGGGCAUUGCCACUCACGCUAUAACUGGAGUUCUCGAUGGAGUGCUGAAGCGCAAUACCCAGAGCGUUUUCACGUCUUGCUAUCAACAUAUUGCGCUCAAAGUCUCUUCUUGGACGACACUAACUGGACCUUACGAUGGAAUUCUGAAUACCAAUAUCCAGAGUGUUUUCAUGUAUUCCUGUCAACAUAUUGCGCUAGAAGUCUUUCCUUGGGUGAUUUUGGGUCUUGUAACUUUCGCAAUCCUUAUUAUGCACAUCCGCCAAAUCCUCGCAAAAUUUGAGAUGGCGGAAUCUCCAUGUGUGCGAAAUAUCAUAUUUGGCUUCGUCCCUAUUAGAAGUGAUUUCAAGUCUGCCGAUGUCAUCGGUGAUGGUGAACAACUUGAGCUCAAAGACCAUUCGGCGCCUGCACUCACUGCGUUCAGUGCACCUCCACCUAUCACUAAAGCUGUCUCUAUGCCUGCGCCUGCGCCACAUACUCCAUCUCCGGUCAUACUCACUCCGCCGACGCAGGUCGAUGAUGAAGGCAAGAUUGUAUCAUCUGAAUUCCGACUCAUGCUCUCACAACCGUCCCUGGUGUUUCCAUAA